GAUAUCUACUACAUCAUACCUGUAUUUUUGUAUGUAUUAUUUAACAAAAGAUGUGUGGAUUAGAUGCAGUAUUGAAUUUAACGCGGAUGAAAGCGAUGUGAGGGAUAGACUGUCAUGUAAUGUUCACUACUCAAAUCUUUGAAAAAUGUUUUAUAUCUUUUCAGAAAUUUUAGUCAGUUAAAAAAAAAUCGGUAUGUUGUUAAAUUACAAUCCACUGAACGCAUUGUAUUUUCAUUCCGUCCAAAUGAAACCUUGAUACCCAGACUUAUGUCUGUAGCCACUGUGACUUAAAAUUCUCCAGUACAAUUAACUGCUGUAAGACAUUUUUUGUGCCUAUGAGUGGCGCUCUAUGCACAUUUACCACAUAGGUUGUGUUUUAAACCCUUGUGAGCCGCCUACCUAGUCAGCAUUUUGGUCAUCGCAAGCGCCUUCCGAGACAACAACUUUUUUUUAAUAUCAUAGAUGCACCUAGUAUUUUGUCCAAAACGCUGCUCAGUUGCAACGCUAACUGACCGAAAUCAACGAAAUGAUGCACUAAAAUGUUGUCUAGCAAGGGCGCUCACUGUUUUUUGGUACAGCCAUUUGGGCGCUUCAUUUCUCACCAUUCAUUUCUGCGAUCAGCAUCCUGUAGUGCGCGUCUGGCUCUCUUCUCAUCCCCACAGCUUGAUUUUUCACCCGUCCCGAGGAUGCUGUGCGGAAUCAAACACUCUCUCGUCUUCCGCAUCAGUCGUGCAGCGUUUUCUCGCGGAUGCUGAAGAUCAGGUUUUAUGUCAAGACUUUUCUAAAUGUGUUGUUGUUUACCCACCUUGAAACCUUGAAGACAACUUCUGAUGUCAUCUACUUAAAAUCAGUAUCUCAACUUACAGCGUGAAAGAUGCCAAUACUUAAUUUAGCUUUAAAUUUGAAAGGGGAGAGAGCUCCAGAUCUCAAGGGUGGAUCAACAAGACGCUACAUGAAAGCUUGAGAACACAUCAGGAAACAUGAGUGUGAAUAAUGAACACACCAGACCCUUCGGGACCAGCACUGAAGAUGGCUGUAAGGAAAUCAGGAACAACAACAGACAUGCUGAAGAUUCGCUGAAAGGUGAUGGCAAUGCUAAUGGAAUCCAAAGAGGAGAUGGAGGAACAAGUUUUGAGGUAACUGAAACCCUGUCCUCUGUGGUAUCUAACACUGAAGAACGGGUGAGUAUCCAGGGCACAGAUUCCCCAUGGGAUGACCCAGAGUUGGCUGAGUUUGAGAUGCUGGAAAGUCAGGAACUAGAGGAUGAUGAAGAGAACAGUAUUCCUAAAAGUGACACGAAGAGGGCUAUAUCCACCAAUAUGAUGCAGACAGAAGCAAAGUCUCUGAAGGAUAGCAAAAUGUUCUCCCAGUUUAUUUCAAAGGAGCAAGAGUCUACUGUUUGUCCUCAGUCCACUAACAAAGAAAUGGUGACCAGCAUAGCCAGGACUGAGUUUAGCUCGGAAAAUGAUGUUUUUGUCUCUUGCCUCUCCACAAUGUCUAGUCUUGGAGGAAGUCUUGCUAGUGCCCUGGACCACGCCGGUCGAACCCAAAGCUCUGAUUCGUGGCAUGCUCUCUCUGGGCCAUACCGAACUCUCUCUGAGGACCUUACCCUUGCCUCACAGUCCUGUUUAAUUAUUUCGGAUAAAAGCCGGAGCUCUGCACAUACUGAGGGCAUGCAUCAUCAGCCAGGAAAAAGUACAAAACACAUUGGCAGUGUUGAUCUCAAUCUUAACUCUACCACCUUGCCUGAGGAACCCCUUUUAGAAGCACAAAAAAACCAACCAGCUACAGACUUUGUAACAUAUGACAGCUCAGGUCAACUGACAAAUGGCAUGAGUGAAUGUACCAUUGCAAGGAUCAAGAAGGUCCCUAAUGAAGCAGGAAUUACCAGUCAGGACAAUCUAGGAGAACCUGGAAUUCAUGUAAAAGAGUACCAUGGAACAGAAGACAAGGCUCCAAAUUUGAAAACAAUAUCAACUGAGAAGAAACCUUGUCAACCUCUUGUCUCAGCCAUCACACAGUCUGCUGCACAUAAAAGAAUGUUCUCCCAUGAUUCCACUGGUGAUAUAAAUAAUAAACUCAAAUCCCAGAAUGAUGAAUCUCCUAAAAUUGCUCUUAAAACCUCAAAACUAACCUCAAAGGAUACACCUGUGCACUCUGAUGGUUCUGAACCCCAACCUUACAAGAAGCAAGCUUCUUUUGAAAAGACCCGAAGUUCUAGUGCAUCAAGUUUGGAAAGGCGAAGACCUUGGGGCAGCCCAUCUCGCCCUGAGACCCCUCCAUCCCCUAAAACCAUCUGUUCACCUCGGAAACAGCCACCUUCAUCACCAGCCAAGCCUAUUAGCACAAGAGAAGCAAGUCAGGAACGAAAUGAAACCUUACAGAGGGGAACCACUGGUUUGAGGCAACCAAGUAAAAGUUUUCUCAGUAGUAGUAGCAGUCUCCCAAAACCUGCCAUUCCUCAGCAACCCACUAAAGCAGAGUGUGAAUCUAAGAAGUCUUCUCCACCUCAAAAGCCCAAAAAUGUUAGACCAAAAAUCAUAACAUAUAUCCGCAAAAGCUCUCAAGUGAAACCAAUGUCUGAAGGUCCAUAUGAAGUAUCGACGCUACCGCCAAGACUUAUACCUUACAGUAGCUCACCAACCUCAAAAGAAUCCAAGGCCGAGGGGUCCAGAUGUUCACCCUUGCAGAGCUCCUCUAACAUCCUUUAUGAAAAGUAUCGUCAGGAAGUACAGAGGUCAGGGUACUACUCCCCUCCAGGACUGAUAGCGUCUGGGAUCAGGCCACUGAGCCACACUGUCCCCCAUAAACUGGUGGGCAAAUCAGAGAGUUUCCACGGUGAACUGCCAGAUCAAUAUUUACAGGGUGGUAGAGUGAUUCAGCUAAAUACCCAUGAUGCUGCUGCUGCCGUUUUUCGCUUUCCCAGAGCCCUAAGGCCUCAGCUUGGCCUUGGAGCUGUUACCAGACAGCCUGCUACUAAGAACAGGAUGGUGUUAGCAGGUCAAAGGUCAGCGUCACCCCUCAGUUAUACGGCUCCAGCUGUUCAGGCCCCAACUAGUCACCAGGAACCUGCAGUGGAUCAGAAGAGACUAUCAAUGGGUGUGGCUCCCAAAUUUAUGCUCCCCAAACCGGGUCAUUCUGGACUGCGUCCUCCGGGCUUCUCCCAUCUGCCUCCUGCUCGACUUGCCACCUUUGGCUUUGUCCGCAGUGCUAGCGUGUCUUCUGUGUCCAGCAACCAGUCAAAUGACAGCAUACACAGUGACCCCUGCCAAUCCAGCCGUCCACACAGCAGCAGUGAUGAAACUCUCCUCUCGCGCUCUCCUCUCCCUCCUGCUGAGAGCAGAAGCAGCAGGAGUCAGAACCGCAGCAGCCCCCCACCCCCAGCCCGACGAUCUGUGCACCCGCCCCCUCGUGUCUCACCCGUGGCCUCUAGAAAAGAGUUUCAAAGGGACGGAGAAAUCAUCCGACCCAUUGUGUCAUCCCCGAAGAGGUUUGCAGUGGUCUCUCCCAAGCCUCAGUCCCCUGUGCGUCAGAAGUCAUGUGUGGCCCGUCUGGGUGGGCGUGUGGAAGAUGUGGAUGCUGAGCGGGAACGGUUGAUGGUACAGAAACUGAAAGAGAGAUGUGAAGAUCAGGCUCAGCAGCUGAUCACCCUGCAGAAUAAGCUCAGAAAGUCCUCACGAUGCCUGGAUGUGUUCACCAUAACCACACAACACUUCUGCCAGAAGAGCGAGAAUGCUGCCGUGAAGGAGAGGGAGUUGUCCCUGCAGUUAGCCAGGAUCAGGGAUGAAGUGGUGGUCAGUGUUCAGCGGUGGGAGCGUCUGCAGGGUGAGAAGGCCCAACUGGAGCAGAGUUUUGAGCGGAAGCUGAAAGGACUACAAGAGGAGCAACAGCAGGAGCUCAAGGCCCUACAGCAGAGACUGGCAGAGGAGCGCACCUCUGAGAUACAGCGACUCCGGCAACAGCAGAACAACCACCUGGUGCAGCUGCGUUCCCAGCACCAGGAACAGAUCGAGGAAAUGAGUGAAAAUCAUGAGAGGGCCAAUAUGGAGAUGGAAGCGACCCAUGGAGCCACAUUGGUCACUUUACAGGAAGAACACACCAGAACCAUCAAGAACCUGAAGAUGGCACAUGAGCAGCAGAAGAAGUCAAUGGAAGAGGAAUUUGAGAAGCUCAGACUCUCACUGCAGGAUCAGGUGGACACCUUGACAUUUCAGAACCGUUCUCUGCGAGACCGGGCCAAACGCUUUGAAGAAGCACUGCGCAGAAGCACAGAUGAGCAAAUAGUGGAUGCUCUUGCUCCGUAUCAGCAUAUUGAAGAAGACCUGAAGAGUCUUAAAGAGGUUCUGGAGAUGAAGAAUCAACAAAUUCAUCAACAGGAGCUCAAAAUUUCCGAGCUGGAAAAAAUGGCCCAAAAGAAUGUUAUGUUGGAGGAGCGUAUUCAGGUGUUACAGCAGCAAAAUGAAGACCUGAAGGACAGGAUUGACCGCAACCUUGCCAUGUCCAGGCAACUGUCAGAGGAAAAUGCCAACCUGCAGGUGUAUGUUGAGAAAGAGAGCAACGAGAAGAAACGGCUCAGUCGCACCAAUGAAGAGCUGAUGUGGCGUCUUCAAACGGGCGAGUUGAGUCCUCGAAUGUCUCCCACCCAGUCACCCCUUCAUCGACCAGCCUCUAGUCCAGCUUCACCCUCCCGACAACAGCCCUUCCCUAGAUGAGUGUCCAGUUCUCCACUUCUCUUACUCUGUCUCUCACACUCUAUUUUUUUUUCCUUUCUGUAUCUUUAACUCAUGUUUCUCAUUGUGGAUUCUGAUUGGAUGGAACAGAGGGUGCGCUCACACCUCUGACAUCAUAGAUGGUGGUCGUAGCGCUUUCAGUUUCAUCAAGCCAAUGUCAAUGUUACUGUAUUAGUUAGUUGAUACAGUGGUCAGGGUUUGAGUUGGAGCGUGACUGAACAAAAUAUUUGAAGGCAUGUACGUAAUUAUGUUAAUGGAUAGUUCACCCAAAAAUUUAACCUUCUAUCAUUUACUUAUUCUGAACCUGCAUGACUGACAUUAUGUGGAGCAUAAAUGGAGAAAUUGUAAAAAAAAAUUAAUUUUUGUUCUUUUUCACACAAUUACAAUGAUUAGCGACUGAAGCUUUUAAGCUUUAAAAGGAUGCAUAAAAGUCAAAUUUCAUUGUUCAAGAGUUUCAUCUGUUACAAGUUCAUUGUAAUACUCCGCCUAAAGUGUGAUUGGAUAGUUGAAUCAGUGAGUUGUCUCGAGAACUAAAUCAGUCUGAUUCAUGAAGAAUCAAUCGGGUUCAAGAAUCAAUCAGCAUUCUAGCCAAUUAUGGUUGAAAGUUCCAUCUUUAUCCACAUAGUUCAACGAUUCAGCAUUUGCAUUUGAAACUGCAGUUCUACCAAAUGUUCGCAAAGAGCAUCAUAAAGUUGUUUGGUUGGAAGUAGAGCCUUCAACCUGUGAUUAGGAUUGUAAAAUUGCACCACCUGCGUGAUGUCACUAAAGACAGUUAUUGUUGAAUUAACGGUCUGAGCAACAGAUGUGCAAAAAAGUGAAUGUGCCUUCAGACAAUAGUUGUGACUAGCUCUUGAAUGUUAAUGAAUUGGACAUUACUGCUUUUCUCGUGAACAAUCCAAAUACCAAGGAGAUAUGUCAAAAUUAAGUAAAUAACAACAAAUAAGAUUUUGGUCAGUUCUUAUAGUUGCUUGACUUUAGUAGACUUGCAAUGUAGCACAUGAGUUUCAUAAAUCACUUUUAUUACACUUAUGGUGGUUUGAAAGCUUGAAAGCAUCAGUCUUCAUUAGAUGUAAUUAAAUGGAAAAGACAGACCAGCACAUACUUCAAAAUUUCCUCCUAUGUGUUCCACCAAGGAAAGUCAGACAAAUAAGUAUGGAGCUUCAGUGAGAAAAAGUGUGAAAAUGACAUAAUAUAGGUGUUCAAAAUUGUUAAAUUUAUAUGAUGCUGCACUAGAGAGAACAGAAAAAGGAACAUUAUUCUCCCUUAUUUACUUUAACUGUAUUGUGUCCAUCACAAUGUUGUGCAUGAUUUCACAGGCCAUUUUGGAAACAUAACUUGUUUGUACCUUCUGCUCUAAUGGAUUUGGCUCUUGGGCUUGCGCUGAGGUUUUCCGUUUGAACAGGACAUCACGGCGCUUGUUCUCCGACCUUUGCCUAUGGUCUCCAGCUUUUCAAAAGAUUGACCAGGACAUAAAUUUUACUAGGAAUUUGCCUUUAAAAGGAAAACCACCCACCAGCAACCUUCUGUGCAGUCCCCCCAGGCAUUACUGUACUCAAUACACCGAACAGGAAAACACAGGAAGAUCUUUAUAGGAUUUAGGAUGGACAGCUGCCAUUCAAAUGAGGUAAAUACUUUGUCAAAACAGGAUGUCAAUUAAUAGUUAUGUAGUCUAGGGGCUUAAAUGUUGACACAAAUGUGAGUUUAAGAUGUACUUACACUUUUUAAGGUGGUUCCUUCACAUUUUGUGACCACUAUACAAGGAUGCUAAUAUUAGCAUAGACUGACAAUGCAGUAGUGUAAACAGCUUGCAAAACUUCAACCUGCUUUUUUUUUUUUUUUUUUUUUUUUUUAGUGAGGGUAAACAAUCCUCUUGCCUUCAUCUCAAUUGUCCAUGUUUACAGAAAACUCCGGAAUGCAUUAAGCUGUAAGAAUUGCCUGUGAACUUGACACCACAGUUAUCAGUCAUGGCUGUUUAUGUCCCUCUUCUCUGUAGAGAAUGUAUCAUAAGUCUUCCGGUUGCUCUGACUCAGAUAAUAUGCUUAAACUGCAUUCAUGUGGACAUUAUGAGGGCUUUUGUCCUAUUUUAUUGAGAAUGACCUGCAUCAUAUUAAACCCAAAGGUUUUUGUGAAAAUACUACAGAACAUUACAUUUGCAUGUUAAUUUAGCAACAUGCAGGUUAUCAUGAGUACCUCAGUUCUUGAAAUGAAAAUGCAGGCUUCUACAAAGACUUUUUGUUUAUUAUAAUACAUUCAGGGUCUACUGUGUCAAAGCCAUGGUCUCAGUACAGUAAGAUGUUUAGUCAUGAAUAAUAACCAUAAAGUAUUUAAACUACACCUGUGUUUUUCUUCCCUGAAUGGCCUACAACAACUGUCCUGUAUAUUAAGUGGAUCAAGUGUAUAUGCACUUGUAUUCUUGCUGACACUGUGGUAAAAGUCUGGAUUCAGUCUUUGAGAACUUUAGAAAUGAGUUAGGAAGUCAUCGUGUUUAUGAAUGUUUUGUUACUUAAUGUCAUAUUAUACUCAAUAUACAUGUUUUAUUAUUUUGUCCAAGUGUACUUAGUAGUGCAGCUAUUAGUGAUUAAAUUUUUUAUGAUUAGCAUAAAUUACCAUGAUUUUUUUUUUUUUUUUUUUUUUUUAUAGGAACAUAAAAUCAUUAGUUAACAUUCUUCAGCCUUAACAUCUGUUCAAACACAGAAAGUGCAAAGCUGCUGCCAUUUACAAACACUUGAACUAAGAUGAUGGCUUAUGUUAUACCAUUUUACUGGUGAAUUUUGUUUAUUUAUUCCUGCUCAUUCUCCCGUACCACCUCCCAUCUCAGUCAGAGAUCUAGCUCAGGUUAGGAAGGUGCAUUACAAAUGUCAUUAACAGUUUGACUCAAUACAUUAAGACAUCUUCAUGUUGUAUCUACAGUACAGAAUGUAAACUAUACAUUUGAAGGUUUGCAUCAAUGUAAUAUCACACUUGUGUUUAAAUGUAUUUCACUCUUAUAGCAAUUAAAUCGAAAGCUCUGAAUGAAAUAUGAAAAUCAACUACCUGUCUGCUAUGAAAAAUUCUACUGUUACAGUUCCUUGGGUCUCUGCUCGGAUUAUCUCUGCUUCAAUCAAUCAAAUUGUGAAACUUUUUUUUUUUUUUUUCUGUGUGUAUCCCAUGGACAUGAUUAUGGAGUUUUGAGAUUGAAUGCUUCUUUCAUUCUUAAAGGGGUCAUCGGAUGCAACAUGCACUUUUACAAGUGCAUACAAGUUGUUUAUUUCUCAAAUCAAGCCGUUCUCAUCAUCUUGUCUGUGUGACACCACAUGGAAGAAGGCCACUCCCACAAUAGUUGAUUGACACUGCCGUCUUACCUUAGACCUGCCCUGAGUGAGCUGUCAUCAGUCCGCCAUUGUUUCAAUGCCGUAGAAGGAGUAGACAAGAAUGGCUCCUAAGCGAUUGAGGUGUUUUGUUGUUGGAUGUAAUAAGGAACACAGCAGUCGUCAUUUACUCCCGACAUCUGAGCCACUGAAGACACAGUGGAUUAUGUUUGUUUUUGAAGGGAAUGUGACCCCGAUCUACCUAAAUGUGUCUGUUCGCGUGAAUCAUUCGUGAUUCAGCCUCACUUACAGAUGAAGUGAGUAUAAGGUUCUUUUAUGAAUCUUUGCAAAUCGCCUUUCCUAAUAAGGGGCUAGUUACCAGUUUCACGAUGAAUGCGGCUAAAGUUUACCGUCUCUCAGAGAACCUCUCGGAUGAGAGGGGCAGGGCGAGCAGAGUUCAUUUGCAUUUAAAGCAGCAUGCAACAUGGCUUUCUCUGAAAAGAGCUGUUUUUGACAAGGUAAAAAGGGUGUCGUUUUACACUACCACUGAGAAAUGUUAACCAAAUUAUGUUAUAGACUUUUCAUUAAGACCCUAAAGAAUCAUAUCAACUUGUGGAAAAUGGACAUCCAGUGACCCCUUUAAAGGAAUAGUUCAGCCAAAAAUGAACAUUUUUGUCAUUAUUUACUCUCUCUCAUAUGGUUCAAAUCUCUUACUUUAUUUUUGUCCUUGUAGUGUACUUAAAAUUUUAACCUUUGUGCCAUGCUGAAUAUUAUUAACUUCAUUUGGUGUUCCUGGUCAAAAAUGUGGAUCACCAAAUAUUGGAUUUAAUCUUUGUCAGCUUGAUCGCCAAAAAGGAUGAAAAAGCAUCAUAAAAGUAGUCAACACCACUUGUACACUAGGUUUCAAGUCUUUUAAAUCCAUACUAUGAACUAGAGUUGUAUGGAGUAGAACAGAGUAUACGUUUGAGAAUGAAAAGAGGAUGAACAAAUGUUUUUGACUAAUUUUUUUUUUUUUUUUAAUGAACAGGAAUACAACUGGAAUACAAACAUAAAUGUCUAUCAUUGAAUAUUUAAAGGGAAGACUGUAACAUGGAUUAUGUUAAUGAAAUGUUCUAAUGAUUGUUUUUUUUUCUUCUAAUUUGUGUUGUACAGCUUGUAUGAGCUUUAUGUGUGAUCUGUUACAACACUUUAAUGGAAACGCAUGUCUUAAAGCUGUGAUAUAAUUUGUUUCGUUCAAACCUUGUUAGUGUAGCUAAUCACUGUUUUGAUGCAUUCAAAAACUCUUUUGAUGAUUAUGUUGCACUUUAUUGCACUUUAGGUUUAAUAUUAAAAGACAAUGUAAAAGCA